UGAUGGAAUAACGCUGCUGUCACGCCUGCCAAGUACACGGCGAGUAUUCAAAGUACACGGCGAGUAGUCAAAGUACACGGCGAGUACACGGCGAGUAGUCAAAGUACACGGCGAGUAUUUGUUAUCGCGAAUCUUGAUUUCCCCGUGCAAGUCGGAUUCUUCUCCUUGUCGGAGGUCAUGGACGUGUCAAAGUAUCGACUUUAAAGGCUCUUGUACCUUGGCUUUUUCCGCUUGGAGCGCGACCCCACGAAGGAUGGUGAACAGCCAAGUGUCGGCCGCACCUCCGACCCCCAGGUGGUGCGCAGGGUGCGGGGGGAAGAUCGCCGAGCGCUUCUUGCUCUUCUCCAUGGAGCGCUACUGGCACACCCGCUGCCUGAAGUGCUCCUGCUGCCAGGCCCAGCUGGGCGACAUCGGCAGCAGCUGCUACAGCAAGGGCGGCAUGAUCCUGUGUCGCAGCGACUACAUCAGGCUGUUCGGGCACAGCGGGGCGUGCAGCGCCUGCGGACAGUCCAUCCCCGCCAAUGAGAUGGUGAUGAGGGCGCAGGGAAAUGUUUACCACCUGAAGUGUUUCAGCUGCGCCACCUGCAGGAACCGCCUGAUGCCCGGAGAUCGCUUCCAUUACAUGAACGGCACGGUCUUCUGCGAGCACGACAGACCCGGCGCUGCCUUGCUCAGCGGCCACCUGCCCCCUCUUCAGAGUAGUUCUGUGUUGACGGACCAAAAGGUCUGCUGAGGGGCGUGUCCUGUACGUGAGGGGCGUGUCCUGUACGUGAUGGGGUGUGUCCUGUACGUGAGGGGUGGGUCCUAUUCGUGUGCCCACGCUGGACUUCUCCCUCUCCCCCGCCACUGUCGCCAUUGUUGUGGAUUCUGCUCACCACCGCGCAUCCCUGUCCUAAAAAAAAAGGCGGCCUUUCUUUGCAGCCCGCCCUCCCAUCCACCGCGUCGUUCAUGUUGUGCUCGGUCUAAGAGUGGCCUGUCCCGCUCCGCGGACUCCUUGGGACCGUGAGAGCCUGAGCACAACGCUGAUGAGGAGCCACCUGGUCACGGUUCAGAGGAAAGGACUAAAGAUGCUUGACGGAGUUCCGAUGGAUGUGAAAAGACGAUGUCAAAGCCCCCCAACACCCGUUUCUCCCCCUAUAAGCAUCAUGAUGUGUUUUUUGUAUGUUGGUCUGAGAUCUGACCCACCAGGAACUGAAUACACAGUAAAACCGGCAAAACGUGUCUGAAAAAAAUCAAUUCAUUACGAUUUAGCACAGGGGUGUCCAAACUUUUUCCACCAGGGGCCGCUCGUUGAAAAAUGAAAGCAUGCGGCGGCCAUUUUGAAAUGUUCCCAUUUUCCAAAACCAAUACAACAGGUGUGCCUAAAUUAUUGCCCGGCAGCCUUUUGGCCCCUGAGACGUCACGAGUUCAACAAAAGCAUUCAUCUCAAAUACCAGACUCGCUACAGACUCGCUGCCAUUUUGUGGACAAUGUGAGUAAAUCACAUCAAUGAGAAAUAAUAGCACAGCAUUUACUUAUAAGACAUGAUCCAAACAACCUUCCCUAGUCAUUGUGCAAUAUAUAUAUAUAUAUAUAUAUAUAUAUAUAUAUAUAUAUAUAUAUAUAUAUAUAUAUAUAUAUAUAUACAGUCGUGGUCAAAAGUGUACAUACCUUGUACACUUUAACCUAACCUACUGAAAAUGUGAGCAAAUCUGCUGGGUCAAAAGUAUACGUACAGCAAUGUUAAUAUUUGGUUACAUGUCCCUUGGCAAGUUUCACUGCAAUAAGGCGCUUUUGGUAGCCAUCCAGAAGCUUCUGCUUGAAUUUUUGACCACUCCUCUUGACAAAAUUGGCGCAGUUCAACUAAAUUUGUUGGUUUUCUGACAUGGACUUGUUUCUUCAGCAUUGUCCACACGUUUAAGUCAGGACUUUGGGAAGGCCAUUCCAAAACCUUAAUUCUAGCCUGGUUUAGCCAUUCCUUUACCACUUUGGACGUGUUUUUGGGGUCAUUGUCCUGUUGGAACACCCAACUGCGCCGAAGACCCAACCUUCGGGCUGAUGAUUUUAGGUUGUCCUGAAGAAUUUGGAGGUAAUCCUCCUUUUUCAUUGUCCCAUUUACUCUCUGUAAAGCACCAGUUCCAUUGACAACAAAACAGGCCAAGAAAAUAAUACUACCACCACCAUGCUUGACGGUAGGGAUGGUGUUCCUGGGAUUAAAGGCCUCACCUUUUCUCCUCCAUACAUAUUGCUGGGUAUUGUGGCCAAACAGCUCCAUUUUUGUUUCAUCUGACCACAGAACUUUCCUCCAGAAGGUCUUAUCUUUGUCAAUGUGAUCAGUAGCAAACUUUAGACGAGCUUAAGGUGUCGCUUCUGGAGCAAGGGCUUCCUUCUUCCAUGGUAGCCUCACAGUCCAUGGCGAUGCAAAACACGCUUGACUGUGGACACUGACACCUGUGUUCCAGCAGCUUCCAAUCCAUUGCAGACCUGCUUUUAGGUGCUUCUCGGUUGACUCUUGAUCAUCCUGACCAAUUUUCUCUCAGCAGCAGGUGAUAGCUUGCGUUUUCUUCCUGAUCGUGGCAUUGACAAAACUGUGCCGUGCACUUUGUACUUACGAACAAUUGUCUGCACAGUUGCUCUUGGGACCUUAAGCUGCUUUGAAAUGGCUCCAAGUGACUUUCCUGACUUGUUCAAGUCAAUGAUUCAUUUUUUCAGAUCUGUGCAGAGUUCCUUUGACUUUCCCAUUGUCGCAUUUGUAACCGAGUCUAAUGACUGCAUCACAUGAGCCCUAUUUAAAUGGGCUCAGAGAAGUCAACAGGUGUCGACAAUCCUAAUCACUCACAUGAGGUUAAGAGGUCAUGCCAUGAAGAUCAUUUGAUUUGAUUGUACCUUUUCUACGUCACCAAAAUUGUAUGUAUAAUUUUGACCCAGCAGAUUUGGUCACAUUUUCAGUAGACCCAUAAUAAAUUCAUAAAAGAACCAAACUUCAUGAAUGUUUGUUGUAACCAACAAGUAUGUGCUCCAAUCACUCUAUCACAAAAAAAUAAGAGUUGUAGAAAUUAUUGGAAACUCAAGACAGCCAUGACAUUAUGUUCUUUACAAGUGUAUGUAAACUUUUGACCACGACUAUAUAUAUAUAUAUAU